AUGAGUCUUCUAGCUAAUCCUAUGACCUUUGAAACCACAGCAAUCACUUUCUUCAUCAUCCUUCUAAUUUGUGUCAUUUGCAUCCUCAUUUUAUUGAUGGUUUUUUUAUAUAAAUGUUACCAAGGCAAGAGAAAUGACAAGGUAGAAAAACUUCCUUGUACGGAUGCUGAUGGAGGUGUAGACUGUGUAGCUACCAAUGUGGAGACGAAUAAUCUAGGAGACCAUGGAAAGGACAUAAUGCAAAUCAUGCCAGUGAGGCCUGGCAUUCUUGUCCAGAGACAGAGUAAGGAAAUGGUGACCAUACCCUCAGUACAUAGACAGGAUGUGGAUGCAGAAGAGGACCAAAUAAAAGAGGAGGCUGAAAAUGCUGAAGAAACCAGUCAAGAGAAUGACAAUUUGCGGAAAACAACUGUACCUCUCAGUAGAACUCAUUCAGGUGCUGAAAACCAAAAAAGACCUUUAAAAGGAGUGACAUUUUCUAGGGAGGUAAUUGUUGUGGAUCUUGGGAAUGAAUACCCUACACCUCGAAGCUAUACCAGAGAACAUAAAGAGAGAAAAUGAAGCUCAAAAAAGGCUAAGAAUGAAAGAAAGUCUAACCUUUGACUAACACUGAAAUGACUGAGGGUACAAAAUCAUGUUGAAACAGAAAAAUAAUGGGGAAUUAAGCAAAUACAAAUAGUAUUUUACCUUUGUGUAGAAAGAAAUGAGUCACAUGCAAAAUUCUGUAAGAAAAAUACUCAGAGCUUGAAUAUAGUUUUUUAAAAAUCAAAUGAGUUCAAGAAAUUGAUUGUAUUAAGUGUCCUUAAAACUGUCUACUCAAACACUGUUCUAACGUGAAUAAAGUUAUUUGUGUUUGU